AUGGCAGCCGAGCCACUGCACUCCUCCUCUGCGCCCUCGGCGUCUCUCCUUCCGCGAACGGCUUUGGUGUGGCUCAAGCCGUCAACCACGCACAACACAUCAUCUUUUGCUUCGUGCACGUUGUCCUCGACGAAGGCUGCCGCAACCACGACGCACAAGGCCUCGACGACGACGCACAAGGCUUCGAGCUCGACGCGCAGGGCUUCCUCGACGAAGAAGGUUUCGACGACCAGCAAGAAGCCGUCGACCAAGACCUCGUUGCAGGCGACUACAACGCAAAAGCCGUCGACCAAGACGAUCACGGUCACAGCUCCCGGCCAGAUCGUCACAGUCACCGAGACGCACGACCUUCCCCCUCCCCCGGCGCCGACCAGCCGUCCCGGUCAGGGCUGGGAGUGCAGCGGAUCCGGCAGCGAUGGCUGCGAAGUUGACUGGCAGGGCAAUGGAUGCCCGUCGCACCUUCCGAGCGGCUGGAAGUGGUGGGGAGUCUCGAUCGCCUGGGGUCCUUCGAAGGGCUGGGACUGCCGCUCGAACUGGACGCCGUCACCCGCUGAAGUCGACUCGCCGUCGGCGUCGUGGACUUGCGACGGAACCGGCCGCGACGGCUACGACUUCGACCACUUUGGCAACGGCAGGCCUUCGUACCUGCCCGUCGGCUGGAAGCGGUUCGGCCAGCUUCAUGGCUGGCAGCCUUGCUCUUCUUUCCAGCUCCCCUCGUCGACCUGGUCGCCACCCUCAUCGUGGAAUCCAAACCUCGCAGUCUGGUGGCAACCUCGCGCAGCUUGGACUCUCCGAGGCAAUUUCCGCUGCCCUAGAUGGUGGAACCGCGGCCAUCUUCGUGGCUCGUUCCGCUGGUGGUAG